CCGUUUCAAAGUUUUGAGUUUUGAUUCCAGGUCUUGAGAUGCUGAGCUAAAUAGUAUUUGUGAUUCAAUCAAACAAGUCCGAGAUUUUGCACUUCCGCUGAGAUAAUGUAAAGGCUUGAGCCAAUUGUUGACUUAGAACAGGACGUUUUAAAACAACACUUCACUUGUUCUAUGUGCACGAUCAUUUUCUUGAAUAGCUUUACGUUACAUAUGGUACAACUACAUAUUUAUGACGAGAAUAGUUUAAGGUGUAAACCAACGCUUUUGAAGACGAAGGAUAGCGUAUGUUUGCUCGAAGGAAUAGCCUGCCGGGUGCACCUGAUGUACAAUAACAUGCUUUUCUUGACAAGUUUGGUUGCCUUAUCCGCAGGAACAGAUUUUUUUGCCUAUCGCCCGAAGCGAGAGAUUACGAUUGGAAGCACAAAAAAAGUUAGCUUUGUUACCAGUUCGGUUCAAGCAACUUAUAAAUCGUAAUGUUUGCCUAUAGGCUAUGGUCACCGAAAAUUAUCGACAUAACAAUGUCAAAUGUUGGGUGACGAUGGUGCAAAAAAUAGAUUCGAUAUGACAAAGUGAACUUUGUCAAAAUUGGUAGAUAGACUGCUGGCCCAGGACUUGCUUUCAAUCACUUAACCUUCGUCGAAAGCAUGAUAGUAGGCUGCUUUUUAAGGCCACAAAUGGAUCGGAAGUUCUGCAGCGCUUUUGUAUAGAAAAUUAAUGUCAUCGUAUUCAUGAUCAGUAACAAAUCGCUGAGAAUUCACUUGUUGUGCUCUAAGUUCGUCACCGAAGUAAUUCUCAGAGCUCAAAAGCCCACAAGUUUCGAAUGAUACACAAGAAAGGAGGUAUCCCUAUCCAAGAAUGAUAGCCACAAGAAAAGAGAGAUCUCUAUCCAAGUAAUCUUCGAAACUUGUUUUGCAUAUUCAGUGGCAUCGACGUGUUUAUACAGAAGCCAAAGCCAUGCGCGCUCUUAUUGUGCGAUUAGCGACAUGAGUGGAUUUUUGCAGCAUUAUUGGCUUUCCAAGGAUGCUGCAAGUGGCACAUUUACUACUACUGAUGUGAAAUAUUCUUGCGUACCUUCCAAACCAAUAUAUGUAAUGAGGUGCGUAUCAUAUUGUCGUGAGCUCACUAUCUAUUCCGAGGUACGAAAACAAGUGCCAUAAUGAAGAUCAAAAUUACGACGGAUGAGGAAAAGAUAGGAAUUCGUGAAGAAGCUGGUGGCGCACUACAUAUGGCUGGCUGUAUGUUUAUGAUUUAAAAGUACUUUUGUAUGGGCUGAUUAUAUAUAAUCAUAUGAUUUAUUUUUGAUCAAAAAUCCUUU